AUGCCCGUGGAUGAGAUGCUCCACUUGGGCAUCACUGAACGUAUGAACAAUGUCAUGGUGAUCACUCCUCCGGCCGAAAGUGACUCGAAUCUUGAGAACAAAAUCCUUGAACAGCCUACUGGAUCCUUCAGUCGCAUCCAUCGAUUGACACCUAAGCCCACUCUCGUAUUAGACGGAACCCUACGAAUCGUUGAAGUGUCCAAUAGUCAUGUGGAAGUCUUCAAGCGCCCACGAGACCAACUGUUGGCAGCGAAUGUCUACGAUCUUCCACCCUCCAUUCUUCCCGCCCCCGAUAUCGCCUCCUUAAGCGGUGCCCUCGGCACUGCCAUAUCAACUCGCGAAGUGCAGGUCAUUAAGCGUGUUCACGUGGCACAACUCGACGCUUUCUUUUCCCUCGUCGUGACACCCAUAUUCGAAGAUGACUCCCUGAUCUACCUCCUGCUGGAAGCCCAACGGACCAAAGGUCAACGGAAAAGGGCGAAUUCCAUCAGUGAACAAACCUAUCUCAACGAAACCUACAAAAUAUUAGUCGACACCGUACGGGACUAUGCCAUCUUCAUGCUGGACACGCGUGGCUAUAUUGCGACUUGGAAUUCUGGUGCCGCAAUUUUAAAGGGAUACAUGUCAUCCGAAAUCAUCGGCCAGCAUUUCUCCGUAUUUUACGGUCGCGAUGACUGCGAAAUGAACAAGCCCGCCCGUGAACUGGAGGUCUGUCUAAAAGAAGGAAAAGUGGAGGACGAGGGAUGGCGUUACCACAAGGAUGGCACCCGGUUCUGGGCCAAUGUCAUGAUUACCGCCAUCUAUCAGAAUGGCAGCCAUGUGGGAUUCGUGAAAGUCACCCGCGACAUGACCGAACGCCGUGCGGCAGAGGCCCGUUUGAUUGACGCCUUUGAAGAAUCCGCCAAGCUGAAGUCUGACUUCUUGGCCAACAUGUCCCACGAAUUGCGCACCCCGAUGAAUGGAAUGCUCUUGGCUUUGACAAUGCUACUGAGGACCGAGUUGACUGAUGACCAGCGAGAAUUCGCCUGCAUCCUUGAAGACUCAACCUCCAUCUUGCUGCAGGUCAUUAACGAUGUGCUGGAUUAUUCUAAGCUAUCGUCGGGAACCUUCCCCUUGAACCCAGACGUGGUCAACAUCCCCACCGUGAUCUCUGCGGUAGUUCGGAAUUGUCAGUCGGCGCUCAAGCCUGGGGUCCAAAUCAUGAGCGGUGUUAGCGACGGCUUUCCUCCAAACCUCAAAGGGGACCCGCUACGAUUCCGCCAAGUUUUGCAAAAUCUGGUCACCAACGCAGUCAAGUUCACCGAGAGUGGUCAUGUUCGGGUCCAUGCCACUUAUGCCAUCGAUGAAAAGGACCCUGAGAUGUAUGUGAUUUCCACGCAGGUAGUGGACACUGGUAUCGGCGUACCUGAAGAUGCUGCGAGCAUUCUCUUCACCCCCUUCACGCGAUUUGCGGACACGGCCGCCAAAAGAUACCAAGGUACUGGCCUUGGUCUGUCGAUAUGCAAAAGCCUGGCUGAGUUGAUGGAUGGAGCGGUUGGAUUCCAUGCCAACCCCGAUGGACCCGGUAGUGUGUUCUGGAUGACAGCUAAGAUGGCUCGCCUUACAUCGCCAGUGUCUCCAGUGAAGCCGAGGUUGCCACCGGCUACGCCCGAGGCGUUGGAUAAUUCUGCGUCACUCCAGAAGAUCGCCCCACACAAACACAUUCUCCUAGUCGAAGACAACAAGGUCAAUCAACUUAUUAUGUUGAAACUUCUCAGCAGCCUGGGUUUCAAGCGCGUCGAUGCUGCCUGGGAUGGAGCGGAAGCAGUGCGCAUGGUCAAGCAGAAGCCAUUGACCUAUAAUGUGAUCCUGAUGGACAUCAACAUGCCAGUCAUGGACGGAUUGACCGCCACAGAGCACAUUCGACGGAUGAAACUCGAUGUGCCCAUCCUUGCAUUGACAGGCAAUGCUCUCAAGGGAGACGCAGAGAUGUAUCUGGCCAAGGGGAUGGACGAUUACAUCGCUAAGCCCUUGCACCGGCAGCAGCUGGUGGAUUUAUUAUGGAAAUGGUGCGGAUCCUGA